AUGGAAUCCUCCGAACUGGCCCGCCGACUGGGGAAGUUGUGGAAGGAGUUGGGUAUCGUUGAGGCCAAAGAAGAAGCCGCCCGAGAUGACGAGCGCCACCACUCCAUGCUUCACUUCCUGGGCCACAUCAAGAUGUACCGGCGGAAUCAGGCCACCGAAAGGACAAUUUUGGAAGCGAUGAAGAGCUAUCGGGAGGCCACUAAAACCAUCCAUGCCAUCCCGCAACCCGUCUUGGAGAAACUCGUCCUGCCCAACCUCGACAUCUCCGACCUGCCGCCGCAGUACCUAGAAAAAAUCGUCGCUGCAGAAGACGAAUUCCGUGGCAGGAGCGAUAAAGAGAUUGACGACGCAAUGGUGGUCUACGGAAGGGAGACACGCGAGAAGAAGCAGCAGCUGCGACAGCAGUGUGAGAAGGAGAGGCGAUCCAUCGAAACAGAAAUCUCUCGCCUCAUGCAACAGUUGGAGGAGAGUGCGGAUGAGGAACGGAAGCGUCUUGAAGUGCUCUCCGCGCAAGGAAAGAAGUUUACGUGCACCACGGCGUCUGAAUGGGCGAACGAAACAAAGACUGUCGACGAGCAGACGACUGAACAAGUCGUCCCGCGGGUGCACCCCGUCCCUCGCACGAGCGUGAAGAUCCAAGCCGCCGUGCCGCCAGACGACUCCGGAUGCAGCACCGCUUCAAACUUUACUCCACAAAAGCAGGUCCCGGAUGAA